GCAUGUGUGUGUGUGUGUGUGUGUGUGCGUGCGUGCGUGCGUGCGUGUGCGUGUGUGCGUGUGAGAGAGAGAGAGAGAGAGAGAGAGAGAGAGAGAGAGAGAGAGAGAUGGAUGCGAUUCUUAAGUUCUUGACGGAACUGAGAAAAGGACUGAAGGUGGUGGAUGCAUUCACGAGGGAGCCAGCUGAGUUGGCGGUAGAGCGGACAUACCUGGACCUGGCAGCUCAGCGACUGAAACGCCCUUGGGAUCAAGCGCGGCGAAACGGUUUUCUUGAAAGUCCGCUUGGAGGUCAACUUUCCCGCAAUAUCGACGCAGCACUGCGUCAGGCUGAGUUGCUUUCCAGCCAGAGCAACCUCGGCAAUCCCGUGGUUCGUUUGCUGUACCUUUGGUGGAAGGAGUCUUGCCCUGCCGCCGAUCGCCAGCGCAAGGCCAUCGCCGCUACGCACACAUUGAUUGAGCAGAGGAAGGAGGAACUCGCUCUGUGUUUCGCAACCUUAUACCACACCUUCAGAGAGAACAAGGAGAAAGUCGACACGUGGCUUGCGCAGAUGAAGCAACAGCAGGAAGAGCAGGCGCAAAUCCUGAGUGAUGAAGAUGACCGGGUGGAUUACCUCAUGAAGACGGUGAGUCAGUUUUUCGGUGAGAUGUGUGAAGAAUUCGGAGGGACUGUGGAGGUGAAGAUACGGGAAGAAGGAGAAGAUUCGUGGCAUCCGCGUGAAGUCUAUUUACGUGUGCCCAAUUUUCAACCAAUCCAGCUCGAGAUGACGUGGACGGGGCAGUUCUAUUUUUAUAUCUUCGAGUCUCGACAAGCAUGGCAAGGAAAGACAGACUCUCGGAUCGUACGGCUCGAGUACCCUCGAUCUGGCAGUGAUAAUAACUUCGCCCCCAGGAAGGCGGCAGGCGGGAUUGCAACUCGUAGGACCGUAGCAAGGCUCUGUCGGGAGUCCACCCACCAACUGCGGGAGCUCUGCCAGAACUCAGGAGGAGUUUUGGAGGCAGGGAACCAACAGUUGGGUUAUGGGAAAGACGCCAUGGUACAAAAGAAAGUGGUGACAACGAUCCAACAAAAGGGGAAGGAGCUAGUGGUAAAGGAGGUCAUUCAAGAGGAAUGGGAAGAGGAGGAGCCGGUGCCCCAGCACCUUUUAAAGACGCAGCGCAAACAACACAAUUUGACGCAAGGAGGGCAAGGCUCCCGAAAGGGACAGGCGCCCCAAGCGUUGGCAGUGGCCUCGCCAAGUACGGCGGCUUCGUCAAGCAGCGCGGGACCCUCGCAAGCGGCAGUAACACCAUAUGGGCAGUGGUCAUGGCCUGUGUUUAACACCUUUGUGCCAUGGGGAGGUCCAAUACCGUCCGGACAGAUGGUACCCUACGCACGGCCCCAAGCGGGUAUGCCGCUGCCAAGCUAUCCUGCAGCACAGGCCCAGCCCGUGGUGCCACCUCCAUGGCCUGCGUCAUGUUCACAAGGUAGCAUGGCUGGGGGAGGAAAUCAAGGUCAGGGCAACCAAGGGAAUGGAGGAAAAGGUGGUGGAAGAGGACGUGGCAGGAAUGGCGGUGGUCGAGGUGGACAAUGGGACAACCAAGGUUACCAAGGCCAAAAGAAUCAACAGGGUCAAGGAUAUGGAAGGCCUCGUUUUGAUUGGAGGACCGUUAUUUGCCAGCAUUGCGACAAGCAAGGUUAUACAAUACGGUUCUGCGAUACAAGACGGGAACAUGAGAAGUCUGGACUGAUCUACUCCAAUAUGGACGGUGAUAUAUAUGAUCAGUACAGGGAGUAUAUUGAUCGAAAGAUUUCAGGCGGAGUGAGGGUGGAAGCUCACAGGAGAGUAGUUGCGCGGCAAGCGCCACCCGCCAUGUUCAGGCCAUGGCAGGGAAAGGACGACCCACCAAUAAGGGUGGAAGAGGUGGAGUGUGAUGAAGAGGUGACUCAGAGGCCACAAGCGGGCGCUAUAAAAGAAAAGCCUAUAAUCGUCGAGUCGGAGGGGGAGAACGCGGAUGAGAAGAUGGAGUCAGCGUCAGUCUGGGCAGCUGGGGUACUUCAAUAUGACGACAAAGCAGCGAAGGGAGAAGGGGGUAUGCACAACGUUCGAGCAAGGUCUUUGGGAUGCGAUGGAUUGGUGGCCAUUGAAGAAGUCAUACACGUGCGACACCACUCUGGCGUCCGAGGAGUUGGGAGGUGCCCUAUCGCAGGGGGGGGGGGGGGGGGGGGCGGAGGGAGCAGUUUGGGGGAGGGUGGCUUAGGGAGCAGGUCAGGGGAAGCUGGUGGAGGGAGCAGAUCGGGGGAAGGCAGUAAGGGAACGGAUCUGAUUCGGGGCAAGGUGGUGGAGGAAGUGGAUCGUGGCAAGGUGGAGGGGGGGAGCGGAUCGGGGCAACCGGGAAAUGGGGCAUCCGAUGCCGCUGCCACGGAAGCGUCAGACAUCAGUGCCAAGUCACGCAGGACAUCAUCCGGGCAGGUGCGUGGGGAGGCAGCUGCAUCUUCAUUUGGGACGAAGACGGCAAUGGAGGAUUCGGCGAGGACUCUUUGCGAAGGUCAUGAGAAGGUGUCGGGGAUGCUCGCACAUGCGAUGUGCAAGGGAGCGAUGAUGAUGUCCACGAAGACAGGUGAUGUAGCUGUCCAGAUCGGAGCUGUUGCGGGUGCCAUGCACGAUGGGAACGGUGUCCUGCCGAGCCUUGUUUCGUUUCGGGAUUUGGCUGUGGAUGGCGUGACUCCUACACGUGAAGGUGAAUUGCGUCUUUGUAUCGAUUAUCGUGGGCUGAACUUCGUCACUGUCAUAAACGAGGAGCCUCUUCCUCGCAUUGACGAUUUACUGAAUCAGUUGCAGGGAUGUAGGAAUUUUAGUAAGAUUGACCUCAAGUCAGGGUACCACCAGAUCGAGGUGGCUCCAGAGGAUCAACACAAGACGACAUGCCAAACCAGGCGUCUCAUUGAUGCACUAACAAGAGACCAGAUUCAGAGGCUACUCCCAGGUAUUUAAUGACUUCUGAGUAUCUGUCAGACUGGGUUCAUUACAUAGGUUUCAAUUUCGUUCAAAAACAAUAAAAUGUCCGUUUUAAC